UUCGUCACGCGGACCCCAACAUCGUUCUGCACGUCGACGCGUCUAUUGGCUUCAAGAGCGAAAACCGGAGCAGUAGGCGGUGAGAAUGGCGACGACGACGAGCUAGAUGCGGCGAGGCGUUGGUUGGCAAAUUUCGAUGCCGAAACUAUACCACGAAGCAUCUGCGAUGUGUCCUUCAGUAGAUCCUCCGGCCCUGGCGGUCAGAAUGCCACAUUGCGACUGCCGCUAUCGGCCUUGUUGCCAAUACUUCCUGCUGUCCUCCGACCUGCUGUGUCAAAAUCACGAUAUAGUGCCAAAGAUGAUUUGGUGAUACAAGCAGAUGACAGCCGAAAGCAAAAUGAAAACGUCCAUCGCUGCUUCAUCAAGCUGCAUGAGAUGAUUGUACAGGCGGGACGUGAGGUAGUGCCUGGCGAGACUAGCGCUGAGCAAAUGGAGCGCGUCAAGAAACUACUCAAGAUGAAGAAGAAGCACAGCGAUAAGAAGAGUGCACGAAGAGGCGGCGGGAAACCAGACUAU